AUGGCGCCGACACAGGGGAAGUAUACGCGGUAUCUUAUACUCGCUAUCUUGGGAUUGGCCCUUUUCUUCCUCUCAAGACGUUCGCUUCCUCUCCCCGGCACAAAACAUGGCUCUGGUGGCAUUCACCAACCCUCAGAGCACUCCCAAUCCUCUGAUGAGUCUGAAUCGCUAGGAGGAUAUACACUGAAUAGACAUUCGAGUAGCGAGGUACUGCGAUUUGCUGCUACUCACCCUGGCGGCCGUGCGAACGCGACGUUUGUGACUCUAGCACGUAAUUCGGACGUAUGGGAGAUCUCGCAAGCCAUUCGCCAGGUGGAGGACCGUUUCAACAACAAAUUUCACUAUGAUUGGGUCUUUUUGAAUGACCAACCUUUUGACGACAAUUUCAUCCGCAUCACAACCUCGCUGAUAUCCGGCACGCCCCGCUAUGGCCAAAUCCCACCGGAGCAAUGGUCGUAUCCUGACUGGAUUGACCAGGAUAAAGCAAGGGAAGUGCGGGAAGAUAUGCGUGACAAGAAAAUCAUAUACGGUCACUUAGAAAGCUACCGACACAUGUGUCGUUACGAAUCGGGUUUCUUCUUCCGUCAUCCUCUCCUUCAGGAAUAUGAGUUCUAUUGGCGGGUGGAACCGGGCAUAGAACUAUUCUGUGACAUCCCAUAUGACCCUUUCGUGUUUAUGAAAGAGAACGACAAGAAAUAUAGCUUCGUAAUGAGCUUAUUUGAAUAUCCAGGCACCGUCCCAACACUUUGGGACACCGUGAAGGAGUUCAUAAACGAGCAUCCUGAACAUGUUGCAGAAGGGAAUUCGAUGCAAUUUUUAAGUGACGACAAUGGUAAAAACUACAACAUGUGUCACUUCUGGUCGAAUUUUGAGAUCGGAAGCUUGGACUGGUUGAGAUCCAAGGAGUACGUUGACUACUUCGAAACCCUAGAUCGGAAAGGUGGCUUCUAUUAUGAGAGAUGGGGCGAUGCACCUAUUCAUUCAAUCGCCGCCGGGUUGUUUCUCAAGAAGGAGCAGUUGCAAUUCUGGGAUGAAAUCGCCUACUUCCAUAUGCCAUACACUCAUUGUCCCCACGAUGAACAAUUGAGGAUGGACCUCCGGUGUAGCUGCGAUCCAGGGGGAAAUUUUGACUGGAGGGACGGGUCAUGCCUGCCCCGUUACUACCUAGCUAACGGCAUUCCGUUACCUGACGGUGUCAAUACAUACGGCUGGCUAUCAACAUUGGGAAUGAUCAUUCUCCUGGCAGGCUUCAUUGGCCUUUUGAUCAUCGCCAUCAACCCCCGCGCGCGGAACCACGCCCUUCUAGGAGGACAACAUUUAUAUAGGCAAAGCCAAACCUUCUGGGAGCGAUAUCAGAAAGAGAGACUCGAGUGGGAGAUAGAAAGGCUAGCUCGAACGCGCUCCAACUCAUAA